AUGUCUCUUACUGCAAAGACCCUGGCCGGCAAGAUCGCCGUUGUUACAGGUGCAUCUUCAGGCAAUGGCCGAGCUAUAGCACUUGCUCUCGCAAAGGCUAGCUCCAAGGUCGUCUGCUCUGACCUCCAACCCGAAGCACGACAAGAAGGAUACGAGAAAGAUCUUGCCAUUCCUACCCAUGAGCUCAUCAAGAAACUUGGCGGCGAAUCCAUCUUCCAGCGAUGCGACGUGUCAAACAGCUCACAGAUACAAGAGCUCGUGUCCAAGGCCUCGCACGCAUUUGGACGUCUUGACAUCAUGGUCAACAACGCUGGCAUUUUCAUAGGUCUCAAGAGCAUUCUUGAAGAAACUGAUCAGGAUUUCGAUCGUACCAUGUCGAUCAACACGAGGGGGACGUACUUUGGAUGCAAGUACGCUAUAAAGCAGUUUCUUUUGCAAUCUGAACCUGCGACAGACUCGUCUGGAGAUGCUCAGUCCCACCCUGCCGUUGGAAAGAUUAUCAACAUUGCUUCAAUGGGAGGCCUAAUUGGUCUGGCCAGGGAACCCUCAUAUUGCGCUUCAAAGGGUGCUGUCGUGAAUCUUACACGACAACUCGCUGUUGACUUUGGUCCUUCUCGUAUUAAUGUCAACGCCUUAUGUCCCGGAUUCCUGGCUACUGCUAUGGUGAGACCCUUUAUCGAAGAUAAGGCUCUCAACAAGUCUCUCCAUGAUGCUACCCCGUGGCCACGACUGGGAUCUGCUAAAGAUGUUUCAGAUGCCGUUCUCUUCCUCGCUUCGUCACAAAGCGAUUGGGUCACAGGUUCAAUCAUGACAGUGGAUGGUGGUUUUACUUCGAACUUUUGCGUUAGGUCUACCAGGAUACCUUUUGAAGGAGCUGCUGAUUCAUUCUUGUACAAAGGCGUUGGCUGGUCUUCAGUCAUAGUAGAGGAACGGGACAACAGCGUCGUCUACAAGGAUAACGAAGGCGUCGUAAAGCCCUUGGAGAACAUUCUUGUCGAGGAUGGUGUUAACUUUACCCCUGAACGUGUCUGGACUGUUGAAGGCGACUAUGGAAUCGACUACAACAUACAACUGGCCAAACGAGCCUGGAACGCAGGAUUGCAACUCGGGCUCAACUUGCACUUCAGCCACACCUUGACCAACCCUGAACAGCAGGAUAUUCCCUCUGGCUGGCCGACCGAUACCGAUGGAUAA